GUUCGACCUAUUUUACGUGAUCGUACGGAGUGCUAUGAAUGUGUGACGAAACCAGCACAAGAGAAAACUUAUCCUGGAUGUACCAUUCGCAACACUCCUAGUGAACAUAUACACUGCACAGUAUGGUCAUUGGCUGAAUGUGCAGAUGUGUUUUGCCAAAGUGUGACAGCGCUAAGCAGACGUAAGAGUGCUCUUACGGAAAACUCUAUACUGCAUUGGGAUAAAGACGAUGAAGAUGCAAUGCGUUUUGUGGCAUCAUCGGCAAACAUCCGCGCUACGAUUUUUGGCAUCCCGCCAAUGGCUGGAAAUAUAAUCCCUGCCAUCGCGACUACUAACGCCAUCGUAGCUGGCCUGGUGGUUGUCGAGGCACUGAAAAUAAUAUCUGGUGACUUGGAUAAGCUCAGAGCAGUGUUCAUCAAUCAAGCGCCAAAUCCUAGAGGGAAGAUCUUGGUUGACCAAGUUCCCUUCGCUCCAAAUCCAAACUGUUUCGUGUGCUCUGCAAAACGUGAAUGUCAUAUAAAAAUGAACCCAGAGCAAAUGACUGUGAAAGCUUUACAGGAUAAGGUUUUGAAAGGGGCGCUGAAUAUGGCGGCACCUGAUGUCAUGGAAGCGACCACUUCACGCAUUAUUAUCAGCAGUGAAGAGGGAGAGACUGCUGAUCUGGAAGCAAAGACAUUGUCUGAGCUGUCCAUUGCAAAUGGUGCCAUGUUGAUGUGCGAUGACUUCCAGCAGAAACUCGAGCUCAAAGUGAUUUUGCAUGAAAGUAAAACCUUGAAGGGAGAUGAAUAUGAGAUAUUACAAGAUAGCGGAGAAGCCAAAGAGAACGUUGAUGAGUCGCGGAAGAGGAAGAGCAUGGCAUCUCCAGAAGUUCACGAUGGAGAGACGGCAGCUAAGCGUAUCCUACUUUUCAACGUCCCGGUUGUUUGGGAAGUUUAG